ACUGCCGAAGGUCUCUUGCCUGGCGUUUAUAUCAUACUUAGCGAGUCUGUGUGUAUUCCUUAUUUUGCGUGCCCGUUUUCUAGAAUCUGCAUCAGUGGUUGACCGUGGAUGAGCAACUAUGCCGGUGUUUCAUACGAAGACGAUUGAGAGUAUCCUUGAACCUGUAGCUCAGCAGGUUUCGAGGCUCGUUAUUCUUCAUGAAGAAGCGGAAGAUGGCAAUGCCAUGCCGGACCUUGAGCGCCCGGUGUUGGCUGUCAGCACAGCUGUCUCCAACCUCAUCAAGGUGGGUCGCGACACAAUCAACAGCAGCGACGACCAGAUCCUUCGCCAAGACAUGCCUGCGGCGUUGCAGCGUGUCGAGCAGUCUGCAAGGCUUCUGGAAGAGGCCUCCUUGUUACUCAAGGCGGAUCCUUUCUCUCAGCCCGCUCGCAAGAAGCUCAUAGAGGGAGCUAGAGGAAUUCUUCAGGGCACGUCUGCCUUGCUUCUGUGCUUUGACGAGUCUGAAGUGCGCAAGAUCAUCCGUGAGUGUAAAAAGGUCCUCGACUACCUUGCUGUGGCAGAGGUCAUAGAGUCCAUGGAAGACCUGGUGCAGUUCGUCAAGGAUAUGAGCCCAUGCCUGACCAAGGUUUCCCGCGAUGUUGAUGCCCGAGAAAAAGAGCUCACCCAUCAAGUGCACCGAGAAAUCUUGAUUCGGUGUCUGGAGUCUGUGAAAGUGCUAGCACCAAUCCUUAUCUGCAGCAUGAAGAUAUUUGUCCAGAUCCUUGCGCAAGGUGGCAAAGGAGUGAGCGAAGCAGCGGAAAACCGAAACUACCUGGCUCUACGCAUGACGGAGGAAAUAAACGAGAUCAUCCGCGUUCUGCAGUUGACUACCUACGACGAGGAAGAGUGGGAUGCGGACAACCUGACAGUGAUGAAGAAAGCUCAGAAUGCCAUCUCUGGAAAGCUGCAAUCUUGCCACGAUUGGCUCGAGGACCCAACGGCUGUAACUGGAGGCGUGGGUGAAAAGUCUGUCCGUCACAUUCUGGAUUACGCCAAGCGUGUGGCCGACCGCUCCCUGCCGGCGGAUGCCGACGCCAUCAGGAAGCUGUGUGGAGACCUGGAAUCUAUGACGAACGCAUUGUGCGAACUGCGACAGGAUGGCAAGGGUUCAUCACCACAAGCCCAGUCCCUAGCUCGCGGAGUAGGGCUCAAGCUACGCGAGCUCAACCAAUUGGUGAACCAGGCUAUUGCUAACGUGGAACGCAGUGGUGUUCAGCAACCAGCGCACACUGUCAGUGGUCGCGUAGAGCAGUCCUUACGGUGGUUGCUCAAUCCGUCCGUCUCGGACCGCGGUCUCGGAGAGAACGCCAUUCAGCUGGUCAUCGAAGAAGGACGUCGCAUGGCUGAUGGCUGCCCGAUGCAGCAGAGGGCACCCAUUGUGCAACUCUGCAAUGAAAUUGAUUCACUCCUUCGCCAGUUGAAAGAACACUGCAGGCGUGGACAGGGUAACAGUCCUGAAGCACAUCAGACGGCCCGUCUGAUUUCUUCCAAGCUCCUGGACCUGAAGAACAAGAUCCAGAAGGCUCUCGUCAAUAGGGUCGUGGAGGACUUCAUCGACAUCACUACUCCGCUGAAGCAAUUCACCGAGGCCGUCCACGCUCCAGAAGGUACGCCAAACCGCGAAGGAAACUUCCAGAGCAAGGCAAACCACUUGUCGGAGUUCUCACAACGCGUUUCUCGAACCGCUCGCAAUGUUGCCCUCGGUGGAGCGCAGAACAAGAAGCUCGCAGAAGCUCUGUUGGCGUCAGCUACCCAGGUCGAAAGCCUCACGCCUCAGCUGGUUAAUGCUGGCCGCAUACGCAUGACCUAUCCGGACAACAAGGCUGCCGACGAACACUUUGAAAACCUCCGCAAGCAGUACGCAGAGAGUGUGACGCACAUGCGCAACUUGGCUGACGAAGCGACGGACACCUCCGGUUUUGUCAGGGUCACUGAGGACACGAUCCGCCGGCACACGGACAUGUGUGAAGAUGCCAUUGCUCGCCAGCAACCUCAACAGAUGGUGGACAACACAUCCAGCAUCGCCCGCCUCUCCAACCGGGUGCUCAUGGUUGCCAAGCAGGAAUCUGAUAAUUCCGAGGACCCCAUUUUCAUAGGCCGCGUCAACAAUGCUGCCGAUCAGCUCCAGAGCACUGUGACUCCCAUGAUCCAGCAUGCCAAGACAGUGGCCACCAAGAUCACUGACCCUGUGGCACACACUCGUUGGAGGGAGGCUAACAAAGCUCUCAUCAACGCGGUGGGCCAGGUGCGGCAAGCAGUCACUGUGACGCCCGAAGAAGAACUGCUUCCUCAUCUUCAAGGGCUACAGACUAAUGCAAAACCCCGAGCGGAGGACAUCAAAUACCCCAAUUUCAAUGAGAUGUUUAACUUGGAGGUGGUGGAGCCCCCUGUGGUUGCCGUCUACGUUGACCGUAGGCCUCCGCCAAAGAGAGUCGAAGAGCCUGAAGACCCCGAACCUGUGCAGCAGCUCCACGUGACAUCUAUUGAGUUCCGACCUCAGGUUCAGACCAACACUAUCACUCUUCGAGUGGAACCAGCGGAUGUACCCCAACCACCGCGGCCACCUCCGCCGGCCAGCCCCGACUCCCACCACGAACAUUACCCGACCUCAGAAGAAGCCCCACCACGCCCCCCUCUUCCUGGCUCUGGAGACCCCCAUGCUCCCCCAAGGCCUCCCCCACCCUGCGAAACCGACGAUGAGUUUGAAGAACACUUCCCUCCACCACAACCCAACCAGCCAAUCAUGAUUGCUGCUCACGGGCUGCACCAAGAAGUGAAACAGUGGUCAAGCAAGGACAACGAAAUCAUUGUUGCAGCCAAACGCAUGGCCAUCUUGAUGGCACGGCUCAGCCAGCUGGUCAGAGGAGAAGGCGGUUCCAAGAAGGACCUGAUUGCAUGUGCCAAGCAAAUUGCAGAGGCCUCUGAGGAAGUCACUCGUCUGGCCAAGGAACUGGCUAGGAUGUGCACGGACAAGAGGAUGAGGACCAACAUUCUGCAAGUUUGUGAGAGGAUUCCGACCAUCGGCACUCAGUUGCGAAUCCUGUCAACUGUCAAGGCUACAAUGCUUGGUGCUCAAGCGCCCAUUCCUACACCAGAUGGCAGCGAGAUCAUUUGCGGUACGGAGGAAGACCAAGAAGCGACGGAUAUGUUGGUGGGUAACGCUCAAAACCUGAUGCAGUCAGUCAAGGAGACAGUGCGGGCCUGCGAGGCAGCCUCCAUUAAGAUCCGCACAGACUCCGGUCUACGCGUCCGCUGGAUCCGAAAGCAGCCCUGGUACCAGUAUUAAGUGACUAACAAUGAGAACCUUAGGAAGGGUUUCUACCCAGUUGUCAUCAAGUUGCUGUGGAAUUUGUUCAAAAACCUUCGAAGAUGACUUGUUCCUUUAGUAUGAGGAGAAACAGCAGAAACACUCCUCGUCAUACUAAAGGAACACAUUGCCGAUACGAGUCCCUUACACCAGCUUGCUUGCCCCCUAUUCUUGUGCCCAACAUUUCAAGAAGGAAUUGGUGUAUCCGGCAAUUUUUGUGCAGAGCAUUCGUCUGGGCUGUUUUUCUUUGCUAUUCGCUUUGUUGUGCAGAAAAAAGUAUUGACUCCACGCAGAAAUGUUUUUUUUAAGGACUCGGAAAUAUGGAUUACAAAGCUUUAAAGGUUUAUUUCUUCGUCAUAAUACUGCUAGUGAAAUAUGGUGUAGUACUAAACCAGUAUAUAAUGACAACAAGUUGACUACAUUAAUACACUAAUUACUAUUGCCGUUUAAUGUGAAGAAGAUUACAGCUCACCAUUUCUAGAGAUAUAUUUUCAAGUAGGCGUAAUAAUCUAUGAAGUGUCUUGCAGCAAUAGCUAUGUGAUUGUAUAUGCAUUUUUAGGCGUUAUGCAACCGGUGGCUGCCAGAGCUGCUUCUCUGGUGAACCUUAUGUUGUUACUUCAUUUAAAAAUCUACAAGCAGUAUGCUGUUGGCUCGCAUUAAUGUUUAAUGUGCUGCUGCUUCUCAUUUUUAUUUCUUUUUGUGUAAACUCUCUCAAUGGUUGUGCAAUUGGUCAUCCAAAUGAUUUUGCCACUGGUAAUUCAUUAUUUCUUUUUUUUUAAACAGUGUUGCCUCUGGCACUCAUGUUUUGAUUUAUUUUGUCCCACUUUGGUUGUUGUGAGCACUAUUGUGUCAAAGCUGCAGCCUCUGCAUGUUAUUUGUUCACCAUAUUUUUCUGUCAACAACUUUUUACUUUAACGUACAGUCUUCUAUUUACAUUUAAAGAAAAAUUAUUUUGCAAAAGCAGCUGCUGUCCCCAUCUGUCUUUGUCUGACUUCAGCGUGACAGUUUACUAAUACAAGGCGUUUAGUUUCCAGUUAUUGUGUAGUAGGUGUACCCAUGAGAGUUAAUCGUGUAUCAAACUUGUGCCAAUUUGUGGGGCGCCCCUCUAGUUGCACUAGUGUUCUCGACUAUCUUUUCCCCUAGAACAUUUGUGUGCCUUAUUUUAUUGCAGAAUUUUGCUGCUCAAGAUAACUUUUACACCUUCCCUGUGGUAGAGCUUGGUUGUUUUUGAUGUUAUCACCUGAACCACGGCUAGUAAUGUAAUAAUCAACAACGUAUUUCAGGAGUACAUGAUACAGGCAUCGAUACAGACGUCCCGCUCCAGUUUGUUGUAUACUCAUGCACUGUGAGCCGCCUUUACAAAAUCAGUUGGCCAUCAAAUCAAAGACAUCGACAUUUCUAAAUUUUGUCUGCAGGAAGCCAAUUUUUUAUGAUGUGGCUUUUUUUUGUAAUGAGUCUCCUCUUUACUAAGAGAUUCUUUUUCAUACCCGGUUAAAUGCGAUGUAUACGUGUAUGAAAGCUAUUGCUUUUUAUUGGUCGUACGCAGUGGUUGGGAGGAAGACAAAGUGCCUUCUGUCAGCGUCAAUACUGCCGAUAAAUGGUGUCUUAAAAUCUGCAUUUUGUGGUCUGCAUAGCUUGCAGCAGAUAUAUGCAAUAUACUCCCAUUUUCUUGCUGUUGACAACUAUCUCCCACCCAGAGCUUACGAAGAAACGCAGCAGCAAUGUUGCUGUUUUUUUUUUGUUUUUUUUUACAGGGUGGUCAAUAAAGUAGCCAUUUAUUGACACAGUGACAAAAACAUGUCUCAGUGAUGUGGAAUACAAAUAUUUUUUACUGCA